ACAGAAUUCUUGACUAUUAACUGGCUUUAAUGCUUCUAUUAACUGGCUUGAAUUGUUCUGUGUGACAUAUUCAAAACUAACCAGCUGCUGCCCAAUGAUCAAAAAAAAACGUUUUUACCAAAAGUGUUUUGCCGUAAUUUUUAAAAUAUUUAGGAGGAUACACAGAUUACUUCAAAGAUGUGGCUUAAUCAAAGAGCAAGAAAAGAAAUUGUUUAUAGGUGAAACCAUUUUUCACAAAGAAAAAAUCAUACCACUCGGCUUUGAGUUGAAGAAUCAAACUUUGCCUUUGGAGAAGAGAGCUCUAGCUGCCCAUAAAAUGGGUCAGUUGGCUUUCACAGGAGGACAAUUAUCGGCAAAAUGGGUAACUGACUACAUGAGUGACGUAGCUUUACUCCUAUGUGAUGAACAUGCUUCUCCUACAGUCAUGGUUAUGCUAAUGGAGUGCAUGUGCAGUUGGUGCUACCUAAACCCUAUGGGGCAAAAGAAAGCCAGACUCAUAAACAUGAUUCCCAUUCUUAUGCAUUUGCUGGAAGAGGAAAAUAUCAGGAACAUUCCAAAGGAGCCCACAAUUAUUAUUAAGUUCUGGGCUUGCUAUCUUCUCUGUAUCAUUUCUUGCAACAAUGCAUUGUGCAUUCAGCAACUUAGGGAAUAUACAAACAUGAAGUCCAUUCUACAGUUACUGGCAAAAUUGAAUUGGCAGGGGUGGCCUGAUAAUUAUGCUCAAGUCUUGUUCUACCUGAUGGGAUUCCAAAAGGCUACUUAAAGGAAACAAGUCAGCAAAGUGCAGUUCUCCAUUUAGGGCUCUUAUUCUUGUCUUGCAUUUUACUGGUGAUAAAGAGCAGUAAUAAAAAUGGUUAUAUUAUU